AUGGAGCAUCUGGUCAUUCUCCAUGGCGACGACCGUGCGAUACAGUGCCUCCAAAAGAUCGAAGAUCAUGAAAGAACACUUCGGGGCCUUCCCAGGAUUCCGUCAUACUUCGUCAAGCUCUUACUCAAGGAGACUCCCCAUGUUAGCCAACUACAACAACAACAAUUACUUCAGCAACAUCAACAACAACAUCAACAACAACUGCAGCAACAUCAACAUGAGCUUCAACAAACCAGGACCUAUCUUCACACAAGUUCUGACAAGGACGAGGAGAAGGUGGAUGAUGAGGAGGUGGAUGAGAAGGCGGAUGAAAAGGUAGAUGACGAGGAGAAUAUGGUCCAUCUGCCAUACCAACAACACCAACCAGUUAGUGAACACAAACGUCUUCUCUACAAAAGGGGUGGUUUUAAGCACAGAUCAUCAAUCAAUCCGAACGUGACCAGAGGCUUUGGAGGAGUGUAG